AUGAUGAAUGAUACUCCUAAUGCUAGUAUUAGAAGUGUUAAAUCACCAUCUAAAACAAAAGCGUUCCUUAGUUCAUUGAAUCGUUCUCUUACCUCUAUUAUUCCUGGUCGUUCAACAACUGAAAAAAAUACCAAAAUAAUGUCAAAUGAUAAUAAUAUAACGGGUUUUAGUAAAAGAAGACAAUCUUCGAUUGUAAAAUGUAAGACAUAUUGUGUAUUUGUUCCACAAGAAAAGACUAAAUAUCAUUAUGAUAAAAUAUCUAUUGAUAAAAAUUUUACUCCUGAAUUUGAUGAAAAUUAUGGAGAAGAUAUACCAACAAAUAUUCAAUUAAUAGAAGAACGUGUCAUUGGUCAAGGAUCUUUUGGUACUGUAAAAUUAUAUUUAACCGAAAAUAAUGAAAGAGUUGCUUUAAAAACUGUACUUCAAGAUCAAAAUUAUAAACAUAGAGAAUUACCUAUUUCAAGAAAGUUAAGUCAUCCAAAUAUUGUAAUAUUAAAAUUCUACUUCAUGACAGAUGGUAAAAAAGAUAAUACAUAUUAUAAUUUGGCGUUUGAAUUCAUGCCAGGAUCAGCAGAAAAUAUAAUUAAAACAUUUAAAAUGCAACGUGAAAGACUGCCUCCAUUACUUGUUAAAUCUUUUGUUUAUCAAUUAUUUAGAGGAAUGGGUUAUUUGCAUUCACUUAAUAUAUGUCAUAGAGAUAUCAAACCAUCUAAUAUUCUUGUUGACAUGAAAAAAGGAACACUUAAAAUUUGUGAUUUUGGAUCUGCUAAGGUCCUCCAUCCUGAUGAAUCAAAUUUAGCAUACAUUUGUUCAAGAUAUUAUCGAGCCCCUGAAUUGAUAUGUGGUGCUCAAAAAUAUACAGUUGCUGUUGAUAUAUGGUCUUGUGGAGCAGUAUUUGCUGAAUUAGUAACAUGUGAGGCAUUAUUCCCUGGUGUGGAUUCAAUAGACCAAUUUAGUUGUAUAAUCAAAAUUCUAGGUACACCAACCAAAGAUGAUAUGAUUGCAUUAAAUUAUAAUAAUGCUAAAAGACCUUUACCAUUUAUUGGUGGUCCAAAUUGGCCUAAAUUAUUGAUAAGAAAUUCAUCACCAAAUUGUCUAGAGAUAUUAGGAAAAUUAUUAACUUAUAAUCCAAAUAAAAGACCAAAAGCCUUCCAAAUAUUAUUAGAUCCAUAUUUUGAAUCUCUAACAGAUCCAAGUGUAUAUUCAAAUGCAAAAUUUGAUAUACCAAAAUUAUUUAAUUUUACUCUUAUGGAACUUCAAACUGAACCAGAGUUAAGAAAACUUCUUAGGAGUUAA